AUGGGUGAAUUUCCAAAUUAUUCCUGCCAAGGAGGUAAUAAAUUUGCAGGAUUAAUCGGAAAUCUUAGAACGGCUACAAUCCAAGUGGCGCAGAUCCUCAGGCUGUACGGAUACCCGCAGAUCAGCUAUGGGGUAUCUGACCCACUGGUCAGUGACGGGGCGCUGUACCCCAACUACUUCCAACUAUUUCAAGGAGAUCAGAUUCAAUAUGAAAUGAUUGUGAAGUUGCUGAAACAUUACGGAUGGAACUGGGUUGGAAUAAUCACAUCACAGGAUGAAAGUGGAGAGCGGGAGCUCCAAGAGCUCAGCCACAUGCUCACCAGCCACGGGAUCUGCAUCGAGCUCAUUAUUAAAAUGUCUGUAACAAUGGAAGGAACCCAUAAGUAUCUGGCCGUUAUUGAGAAGUCAACAUCACAGACAAUGAUGUCAUUUAAUUGUAGUUUAAGUUUUGCUCCUUCCAAUAGCUUGAUUCCUGGCAUGGAGACUUUCCUGGAUAAUGUCCGUCCAUCCAAUCGCCCGUCUGAUCCAAUACUUCAAGAUAUUUGUUCAGACAAUCACCAUAAAGAUGGCGGAUGUCCUCGAGAGCUUCGCUUAGGAGGCUGCAACAAGUGGAAGCCGAACCCGUCCUGGAGUCUGCGGACGAACUCCCGUUGCCUGCACGACCGUGAGGUGCCACCGCGGACCUCUGAGCCAAACAACCCAGACAGUGAAAACUGCCAGACAUGCCCAGAUAACGAAUGGCCUGACGAGAAAAAAGUGAAGUGUAUUCCUAAGACUUACGACUUCCUGUCAUACAAAGACGAUAUAAUGGUUCCAGUUUUUUUCUUUAUCAGUGUAUUUUUUUUAAUCUUGAGUUUUUUUAUAUUGGGUAUUUUUAUCCUGUACUGGGACACUACUACUGUUAGAGCCAAUAACAGGGACCUCAGCUUCAUCCUCCUUGUCUCCAUCAUCUUGAGCUUCCUCUGUGUGUUUCUGUUCCUCGGUCGUCCUGAGGAUGUAACCUGCAUGCUGCGGCAAACUGCUUUUGGAGUCAUCUUCUCAGUAGCUGUGUCCUGCGUGUUGGCCAAGACCAUCAUGGUUUGCAUUGCUUUCAAGGCCACCAAACCUGGGAGUUACUGGAAAAAAUGGAUGGGAGCUAAAGUGUCCAACAUUAUAGUUCUGAUGUCUUCCUCCAUUCAGGUUUUCAUUACCAUUAUUUGGUUGGCCAUUUCUCCUCCUUUUCAGGAGCUGGACAUGCACUCAUACAAUGAAAAGAUCAUCGUUCAGUGUAAUGAGGGCUCGGCCAUCGCCUUCUACUGUGUCCUGGGUUAUAUGGGGCUUCUGGCAGCUGUUAGUUUUAUUAUAGCUUUUUUAGCCAGGACAUUACCGGACAGUUUUAAUGAGGCCAAGUACAUCACCUUCAGCAUGCUGGUGUUCUGCAGCGUUUGGAUUGCGAUGAUCCCGGCCUAUCUGAGCACCAAAGGCAAAUACAUGGUGGCCGUAGAGAUUUUUGCUAUAUUGGCAUCAACUGCUGGGUUAUUAAGCUUUAUGUUUUUCCCAAAAUGUUACAUCUUGCUAAGAAAAAAAGAGAUAAACAGAAGACAUUUAUUAAAGCAAUAA